UUUUUCACCUGACUUGCGCAUGCUCACUCCACGCUAACCACCUGUGGCUCAAAAACUUAAAAACUUCGUUUUCACUUACCUUGCGGUGAUGUCAAUGAACUAUGAGAGCUGCAUAGAUCGUUUACAGUUUUUCUAAGGAAUUCCGCGCUCCCUAAGUCCUAAACACUGUUCAUUAGAGAAUUUGAUUGCGGGAUUGGAAUGCAAUCUGUUACAUCCUACAUUUGAAAUAGAAUUAAGUUAUGAAAGCAAAUGAAUUCAACAGAACAGAAAAGCGAUAGAAAAAUGCACGAACUUUUUAUGCAAGUUUUGAAAAAUAGAGAUCUCUCAAAGGCUGGGGACCUUUUUUCAAUUCCAGAUGCUGUCAUAGUAAAUGAUGUAACCAAUGUUUUAAAAGAAAUUACAGCAAUAGCUUCCUUACCGGACUAUAUCAGUAACGAUAAUGACCAGAGCGUUGUUGAAAUUUGUAUCACAAGAGUUACCACUUGCAUUCGGGAAACUGCAAGUGUGGAACAACACUGUGAAGCUUUGGUUAAUCUUCUCGAAUCAUGUUUACAUCAUAACUUGAAAGUAUCAAAUAAAUUGGAAGAUCCACCACAUGCAAAAAUCUCAAGUGAUAUCAUAUCUGCAAUAUUUUUAAAUUAUAGUAAAAGGUCUGUGAUGCAACGUGCUUUACCAGUUGCUGUGAAGUUUCUUCACAAAGGAAAUAAGGAAUUGUCUAGGAAUAUGGCAUCGUACUUAACUUUAGCAGCUCUCGAACAUGCUUCCUUGCUUACACCCCAUGUUCAACCAAUUAUGGACUCGAUUAUAUCUGGAAAUUAUCCAUUAUGCAGGGUGUUACCCAACAUAUAUGAGGUAUCACCCGAUCCUUUUCAAGGACAUGCUAUGGCUUUAGUUUCACUAUUGUCUCACUGCGAUAAUCAAGAAAAAUUAGCAUUACUUCAGUUAUUUGCUUUGAUGGCAAGGGAUACACCGCUGCUUUUAGAAGCAAGUGUGCCUCAAUUAUGUGAGUAUCUCAGCAAUCCAGUAACAGCAGCGGCUACUCUUCAGAUUUUUCUUCAUAUGGCUCAGAAAAAACCUGCGUUAUUAGCAGAUCAUGUCAGCGUUAUGAAAUUAGCAGCUCAAAAACAUCCUCAAAUCAUUUGUUUGACAGCUCAAGUAAUGAGUGCUGUUGGUAAACUUAGCAAGGACAAAGCUCAAGACGCUUUGAAUUUUGUGUUAGAAUAUCUACCUAAGGCUGAUAGAGGAUCUCAAAGUACUUUGAUGAGAGAAGCUACUCUUCUCUGUAGUUCUUACCCAGUUUUGUUCACUGACAAAGUUCUAACAGGAAUAAGACAAAGACACCGAACAAGUACAAACCAGAUAAGCCAGACUUCAUCCAAUGUUCUCAAUAAUGUAACUUCUGGUGGAGUUACAAUAGUAAAGGUGGGUGGCGCGCCAGUUUCUACUCCUACAUCUCAAGUAGGUUACACUCGGAGAGCAAAACUUGGAGAUUCUAGAAGUACAGGAAGGUUGCAUACUUCACAAACUGCCAAUACCCAUAGAAGCAUGACCAGACUCAAUAUAGCAGGUGGAUCUGUAGGAGGUCUUCACAAAAGCAUGACACGUCUGAGUUCCUCCCAACAAAUUAAUGCAGUACCUGGCCAAGGAACACCUGUUCCUGUUCCCCCACUUUCAAAUAGCGCUAUUGCUAGAGAGCAACGGUGGAAUAGUCCUAGAGUAUCUAGCGGUGGAGUUACAGUAACCACCACCACACCAAGGAUACAAAGGCCUCAGAGUCAAGGACCUCUUUCUCUCAUCACAAAUCACAGCAAUCAGAUUAUGAUAAAUAAUCCUGUCACAUCACAAACUCCCAGCAAUUCGGUCACCGUUAGCUCAGUAUAUACUGGAGCUGUUUCCAGUGGCUUAGUAUCAGUUAAUGCAAUCACACAAACUAUUCCCAUAGGAUCAAGUACCAUGAAUCUUCCAGAGCCAUCCACUGGUUCUCAAUCUUUAGCUAGUGGAAAUGUUAACAUCUCAGGUCCAACCACAAUAACAUCACGAAGAGCUAAUAACACAACUGUAACUCUGCUAAAUGCCAAUCAGAAUUCAGUUGCCAAUCAACGAAUGAGCGUUUUCGAGCCCUAUCCAAUGAGAGACACAAUCCAGCAUUUCUGUGAGAAACAUCUAGACAAAAUAAAAAUUUAUAUGGAUAAAGUAUCCUUGAGGAUACCCUCACCUGCUAAAUGUACCAUAGAGGAGAAAAGGCAGAAGAAGUCGGCUAAGUUACACUUUGCAUGCCAAGCUAAAGGGGAGCAUUGCUUAUAUGCCAAAACAUACUUCACGAUGAGAACUAGAAACCCAAGAACUUGGAUACAUCUGAUGUUCAUAUCUUUGCAGGCAAGACAUAGUCACGCCCUAAGUUCAAGAGAUGCUCAAGUAGCUAGCUUAAAACAUUGCUGGGAUAUGUUGAAGUGUGAGAAUAAAACCUUUCUGACAGUGGUAACCAGUGCAUUUCCCUGCGAUAAGGAACAGGAUGCACUAAUAAAUGAAUUAAGGCAUUCUGGAUAUUUUGACGUCUUCCAAAUUUGUCAAUCUACAGGUGAAGGUUCAUCUGAGCAGUCCGAAAACUUGAAGUGGGGUUGUUUUCUAUGUGCUCAUCCGGAAAGAGCUGUGGGCUUUUUGAGAGGUGAUGCCCAGCCUGUGAUCGAAGGUCAGUUAAAGGAGAAGAAAGGUAAAUGGAGACUUUUCAGGAGGUGGAAGACGAGAUAUUUUACAUUAUCGGGAGCACACUUGUCAGUAAAAGGAUCUAGUGGAGGGGAAUCGAUAGAUGUCAAUCAAAUAAGAUCUGUCAAGGUUUCUAGAAGUUCAAGAAAUAUUCCUAAAGCAUUUGAAAUUUUCACUGGCAAUCAGACAUUGAUUUUGAAGCCAAAAGAUGGCAGGAACGCUGAGGAAUGGGUACAAUGUCUUAAUAUUGUAGUAGCCCAUUCACAUGCUAAAGAAUUGCCUGGAAAAAGCAACUCUCUGCCAGCAAGGGGUAUUGGUGCUAGCCGGACGGCUAUUUAACACCGCAUUUCUCAAUCUGAUCAAGUAUUGAGGUUUGCACAUUUCCAAUAUCUUUCAGAAACACUCAACUAGACAAACCGAUUCAUUUCUUAAGUGGGAAUAAAUUGGUGAAACAUUUCGUUAAUAUCCUACUUUUACACGGAAAUGUUGAAUACCCUCUUUACAGAGAUGAAUGUUCAACUUGGAAUACAUAUGCUAUCACAUUCCUCCUCAAAUAUAACAAAUCUUCCAGAUACAGACAUCACUACAUUAGAUUAUGAAAUUGUUGUACUUCAUUACUAUAAUUUAAUCUUAGUUCCAUCGGAAUUGAGGCGAUUCCCUUUUGUUAAUAUCGCCCAAUUUUCAUAUUGAUCACAAAAAAAGACUAAUUGAAAUCCUUCUAUGGCAGUUUUUUGAUAAGCUUUAAAAUUUGAAAAAACUCGAUACUUAUACCUAAGUCAAAAUUCUAUAUAACUGCUUGUUGAUAUAAAUGUUUUGGACCAAGUGAUUUUUCAGAAUUAACAUCACUUAGACUACGUCGAGUUUCAAUGCGAAAACUUGAACAAUAUUUGUUGGACUUGUUUACUUAAUUUACGAAUCAUAUUGAAGAUUUAUAUAUUUUAUUAUUGUUAUACAGGAAAUAUACAUUAUCUUUUUCUA